CCGCUCGGAGCCGUCCCGGCCAUGGCGGUGGGCGCGGGCCGGGCCCCGCCGCUGGCCCUGGCGCUGGCCCUGGCGCUGCCGCUGUCGGCGGCGCUGUCACCGCCCGGCGCCGCGCUGCUGGAGGCGGCGGGGCCGCGCUGGGGCUGGCGCAACCUGACGUGCCCGGGCUGCCGGCUGCUCUUCGGGGCGCUCGACCUGGCGCUGCAGCUGGAGCCCAACGUGGUGCGCGUGGGGCGCGUGGCGGCGGGCCUGUGCCAGGAGCUGCGGCUGGCGCGCCCCGAGAUCUGCCGGCAGGCCGUGCAGCUCUUCCAGCGCGACGUGGUGGCCGCCUGGGCCCGCUCCGUGCUGCGGCCCAGCGAGGCCUGCGGGCUGCUGCUGGGCCCGCGCUGCGGCCACUGGGACAUCUUCGGCGCCUGGAACGUCUCCCUGCCCGCCGCCCCCAAGCCGCCGGUGCGGCCCCCGGUGCCCCCGCCGCCCGGCGCACCCAGCGCCCGCGUCCUCUUCCUCACCGACCUGCACUGGGACCGGCUCUACACCCCGGGCAGCGAGCCUGCCUGCCCCGACCCGCUCUGCUGCCGCGGCGCCGCCCGCCCCGGCCCUGGCGGCGCUGGCUUCUGGGGCGAGUACAGCAAGUGCGACCUGCCGCUGCACACCAUCGCGGCGCUGCUGGCCCAGCUGCGCCACGCUGGCCCCUUUGCCGCCGCGUACUGGACGGGUGACAUCCCGGCACACAACGUCUGGCAGCAGCGCCGCGAGGACCAGCUGCUGGCCCUGCGCACCGUCACCGCACUGUUGCGCCAGCACCUGGGCGCCCUGCCCGUCUACCCGGCCGUGGGCAACCAUGAGGCCACCCCCGUCAAUGCCUUUCCCCCACCCUACGUGCGCGGCAACCAGUCCUCGGCGUGGCUGUACGACGCGAUGGCUGAGGCCUGGCAGGACUGGCUGCCCCCGCCGGCGCUGCAGACCCUCCGAGCCGCUGGCUUCUACACGGUGCAGGUAUGGCCUGGGCUGCGCCUCGUCUCGCUCAACAUGAACUUCUGCUCCCAGGCCAACUUCUGGCUGCUCAUCAACUCCACCGACCCUGCGGGGCAGCUGCAGUGGCUCGUGGGCGUUCUGGAGGCCGCCGAGCAGCAGGGGGAGAAGGUGCACAUCAUCGGGCACAUCCCUCCAGCCCACUGCCUGCGGAGCUGGAGCUGGAACUACUACCGCAUCGUCAACAGGUUUGAAGGCACCAUCGCAGCACAGUUCUUCGGGCACACGCACGUGGACGAGUUUGAGAUGUUCUAUGAUGAGGACACCCUGACGCGCCCUGUCUCUGUGGCCUUUGUGGCACCCAGCGUCACCACCUACAUCAACCUCAACCCCGGCUACCGCGUGUACGAGGUGGAUGGCGCCUACAACGGCAGCUCCCACGCUGUGCUGGACCACGAGACAUUCAUCCUCAACCUCACCGAGGCCAACAUGCCUGGGGCAGAGCCACACUGGCAGCGCCUCUACCGCGCCCGUGAGGCCUACGGGAUGGCCACCGCCUUCCCCGCCGACUGGGACCUGCUCAUCCGCCGCUUCCAGGAUGACGAGCGCCUCUUCCAGCGCUUCUGGUACCACUUCCACAAGGGCCACCCGCCCCGCGAGCCCUGCCUGGAGGCCUGCAAGGCGGCCCUGCUCUGUGCACUGCGCACCGGCCGCUCAGCCGACCCCAGCCUCUGCCGGGUGCUGCGCCCAGCCCGGCCUUUCCGGCAGAUCCUGCAGCUCUGGCGGCAGCGGCAGCUCUGCUGAGCCCGGGGCUGGCAGCGGCGCCAGGGGACACGUGGGGAUGGGGACAGAUACUCACCCACUCUGUGGGGUGGGAAGGGGCCCCAUCCUGGCUGCACGGGGCCACCACUUGGCCCUGCACUCCGACUGGUGGCAGCCCCCAGCCGGCUGCAUAAUAAAGGUUGGUGAUGGAGA